UGGUGGUGGUGGUGGCGCGCGAGUGUCUCCAGCAGCGCGUGGUUGGACUUAUUAUCACCACCUGUCAGGAAUGACAAACGGGAAACAUUUGGACGAGGCGAGUUUGCGUGAAAUAAACACGGACAACUUUGUGUGACGGGCAGCGCAGGGGGGGGGGAAAGUGAAGCAGACACAUGCACGCCGAAAACCGGCAGAUUAUCACCGGAGUCUCUGUGCGUCCUGGGAGCCGCCGACCACUCUCAAUCUGCCGCUCUGUCUCUUUGAAGAUUAGAGGGUUGACAACGUCUGGAGGACACUAAGAACGGGAUUAGGUGCUGUGCCGGGCUCACCCACUUCUCAUCACUCCUGCGUCUUGUCCUCUGAAUAUUUGCGCAGUGACCUUUGGGACACUUGGAAUACAGCGGGUUCGCCCCGGAGGUCUGUGAAUUCUGACUGAAAGGACGGGAUGUCGUGUGAUUGCAGGAACUCAAAUCAGGUGGGCAGGCAGUAAGGCUCGACAGAAGAUGCGGCGGGGGUGGUGGCUCGUCAGGUGGCUGGGGACGGGAAUGGCGGUCCUGUCUCUGCUGACCCACAGCUGGGGCCAGGACACAGAAGGCUGGCAGUACGAGGAGUGUAAGCUGACUCGACCAGGCCCCCCUGCAACCAUCGUAACCAUCGACGAGGAGAGCCCCAACGGUACAGUUCUGGUGGAAAACAUGCAGAUAAAAGGUCGAGCCCAAGACCCUGGAAGAACCAUCUCGCUGACGUUGCUGGAGAACUACGACUACUGGGUGAUAUUGGAACCAACGCGACAGAGGCUCUACCUCAACAGCACUGGACGUAUUCUGGACAGAGAUCCGCCAAACUACAUCAGCACCAUCGUGGUUCAGGUCCAGUGUAACAACGUGCUGGUGGGUACGGUCAUUUUUCACGAGGUGCGGAUAAUUGUGAGGGACAAGAAUGACAACACGCCUCGCUUUCAGCAGCCACGGUACUAUGUGGCAGUCAAUGAGCUCACACCAGUCGGAACCACAGUUUUCACCGGCUUUGCGGGCAAUAACGGCGCAGUGGACAUCGAUGACGGGCCCAAUGGACAUAUAGAAUACAGCGUCCUCUACAACCCCAAUGAUCCGGUGUCAAACGGAACAGUGAGGGUCGCCAACACUCUUUCAGGACACAUUACUCUGGCAGAGAGGCUAAACUACGAGGAGAGGACUCGCUACCUGGUUUUGGUCCAAGCCAAUGACCGCGCCCCGUACCCUCCCAACCGACGGACGGCCACCACGACUCUGACGGUGGACGUUCUGGACGGAGACGACCUGGGCCCCAUGUUCCUCCCUUGUGUUUUGGUGAACAACACCCGCGACUGCAACCCCAUCACCUACCACGUUGCCAUUCCUGAAUUCACCCAACCGAGCAAACUGAACCCACUCAACGUGACCCCUCCCAUCCGAGCAGUGGACAUGGACAGAAACAUACAACCCCCGUCAGACAGACCUGGCAUUCUCUACUUCAUCCUGGUUGGUCAUCCGGCGACGUAUUCCCAGUAUUUCUCUUUGAACCAAACCACCGCAGAGCUGCGUGUCCUCCAGCCCAUCAGCAGGGACUUGUAUCAGCGGUUCACGCUCGUCGUCAAGGCUGAGCAGGACAAUGGUCACCCCCUCCCGGCCUACGCCGACCUUAUUAUCGAAAUCCUGGAUGAGAACAACCAAGCGCCAUAUUUCCAGUUUGCCACCUAUCAGGGCUACGUGAGUGAGUCCUCCCCUGUUGGUACGACCAUCUCAGCCAGUGCCAACCUCUCCACGCCCCUGGGAAUCAUCGCUCUGGACAAUGACAUCGAGGAGACGAAAGACCCCAUGGUGAAGAUUACCUUGAAUGACUACACCACGAUCUUUGCCCUGAACCCGACCGGAUUAAUCCGUUACCUGAGGCUCCUCAAACCUGUGGACCGCGAGAUGCAGAUGACCUACACGUUCACGAUGAUGGCAUCAGACGGCGUCCAGCUGAGCAGCCCCGUAACUGUCAACAUCCUGGUCCUUGAUGCCAACGACAACACGCCCACGUUCGCUAAGGUCUCCUACAGUGUUGAAGUCUUCACAGACAUGCAGCCGGGGGAGACGGUACUCCAGUUAAGAGCGGCAGAUGCCGAUGAGGGAGCGAACGGCCUGGUGACCUAUGAGAUCCUCGCUGGCGCCCAGGGAGAUUUCGUCAUUAAUAAUCGCAGCGGACGCAUCACCGUGGCACCUGGUGUCACUUUAAGUGUCGGGCGGUCCUACGCGUUGACAGUCAAGGCCUCCGACAAUGCACCGGAGACCCAGAGAAGGAGCUCCAUAACUACAGUGUACAUCGAGGUUCUGCCUCCCAACAACCAGAGCCCGCCGCGCUUCCCCCUCAUCACCUACAACCUCGAAAUCAGUGAGGCCAUGAGGAUAGGAGCUAUUCUACUCAAUUUGCAGGCCACAGACAGAGAAAAUGACCCCAUCAUCUACCACAUUGUGAGCGGGGAUUCCCAGAAGGUCUUCAACCUCUCUGAAACUAUUGGUCUUCUUCUCCUGGACAAGCCUCUGGACAGAGAAACCACCGAUCAAUACCGUCUGAUUGUCACAGCCUCUGACGGAAACCUGGGUGGGACGUCCACUGCUACUGUGAACAUCGUAGUCACUGAUGUCAACGAUAACGACCCUGCUUUUAACACCACCAUACCAGCUAAUUUCACCGUGCAAGAAGAACAGGCCAAUUUGUUUAUAGGACAAGUGGUGGCCACAGAUCCAGACGCAGGAGCGAAUGGCAAGGUGCGCUACCGGAUCGUAAAUCACCCGGCCUUGUUCACAAUCACCGAAAACGGCAGCAUCUACACCAGGGUGCCCCUCGAUCGGGAACUCAGGAGCCGGUACGACCUGGUGGUGGAGGCGUCGGACGGGGCCGUGGACCCACGCCGGACCACGGUGACCCUCACGAUCCUGGUCAUGGAUAUCGACGACAACAGCCCCGUCUUUCUACAGCCGACCUAUGUGGUGAACGUACCCGAGAACAGUCCAGUGGGAACUAUCAUUCUGACGCUCAGCGCAGUGGACUCGGAUCUCUUCUCCAGAGUCACGUAUCGGAUCGAGACGGAGUCAGCCAGGCAGCUGUUCUCUCUCGACCCCAUCACGGGGGAGUUAGCCGUGCUGCAGGCCCUGGAUUUCGAAAACCUGGCAGCAAUGGGAAUGGGGACCUCUUACACUUUUCAGGUGGAGGCUGUCGACCAGGACGGGGUCAUGCCUCCGGGACUGGCUAACGUCACGGUCCGCAUCACGGACAUGAACGACUUCUCGCCCGUCUUCAGUCAGGAGCUGUAUAAGGGGAUGGUGGCGCCCAACGCAGAGAAAGGAACGGUCAUCGCGCGGGUUUUCGCUACCGACCAAGACCCACCUGGCACACCGGCCAAUUUUGUCCGCUACAGAGUGGACGAGGACCUGUCGCCGUACAGCGGGAGCAUCUUUGACGUGGAAGAGGAAACGGGUCGAGUCGUCACCAAGGUCAACCUCAACGAAGAGCCCAGUGUCACCUUUAAGUUGUUUGUGAUCGCCUAUGACGAUGGGGAGCCGGUGAAGUCUAGCAGCACUUUGGUGGAGAUCACCGUCCUUCAGCCUUCUCGCAUCCCGAUCUUCACCCAGGAAGAAUACAAGUUUCCUCCGGUGAGUGAGCUGGCUCCAGUGGGCACACCGGUGGGGACGAUUCUCGCCGCUGCUAUCAAUCAAACCAUCUUCUACUCUAUUGUGUCAGGAAAUGAACUGGGUCAUUUUCAGGUGAACAACAGAACGGGCGUCAUCUCCACUGCUCAACCUCUGGAUUAUGAAAACAUGACCAGCUACGUCCUCAGGGUCCAGGCAGACUCCAUGCUCGUUGUCAUGUCCAACCUGCGCGUUCCUUCCAAAACCAACACGGCCAAGGUGUUUAUUGAGGUGCAGGAUGAGAACGACCACCCUCCCGUCUUCACCAGGACGCUCUACAUCGGUGGCGUGACGGAGGACACCAAGAUCUUCAGCUCUGUGCUCAAGAUAGUGGCCACCGACAAGGACACGGGGAAUUACAGCGCCAUGGCUUACCGCCUCAUCAUCCCCCCAACACCAGAGGGCCAGGACCCCUUCGUCAUCGAGACCUACACGGGCAUCAUCAAGUCGGCCACAAUGUUUCGAAACAUGCGCAGGACCUACUUCAAGUUUCAAGUCAUCGCCACUGACGACUAUGGGAUCGGCCUCAGCAGCAGUGCUGAAGUGGUGGUUUCUGUCGUGAACGCCUUGGACAUGCAGGUCGUCGUGUCCACCGUCCCGCCGCAUUUAGUGGAGGAGAAGAAGGAGGAGCUUAUCAAUAUUCUGGAGCGCCACGUCCAGGACCAGAUCCCGGGCGCCAAAAUAAUCGUCGAGGCAAUCGGGCCGCGCCGCCACGGCGACGGCUUUGAGCUGGAGGACUACAGUAAGUCGGACCUGAUGGUGUACGCCAUCGACCCCCUCACCAACCGAGCCAUUUCUCGCCAGGAGCUUUUCAAAUUCCUCGACGGGAACGUGCUGGAGAUCAACAAGGAGUUCCAGCCGCACCUCGGCGAGGGCGGCCGCGUCACCGAGAUCCGCUCCCCGGACAUCGUGGCCAGCGUGAAGAAGGCGGCUCAGGCCGUGGGCUACACCGAGGGCGCUCUCCUGGCUCUGGCCAUCAUCAUCAUCCUCUGCUGCAUCCCUGCCAUCCUCAUCGUCAUGGUCUCGUACAAACAGCGGCAGGCAGAAUGUGCCAAAACGGCCAGGAUUCAGAUGGCGCUGCCGCCGGGAGGGAAAGCGCCCCCUGCAGGCGCUCCCACCGCCAACCUCUACGAAGAGCUGGGCGACAGCAGCAUGCGGCGAGGCUACGGCAGGCAGCAACAGCAACUGCUGAGGCCGUCUCUUCUGAGACCUGAGGAACUCUCCAUGGAGUCAGGUAUCGACCCGGGCCAGGACUACUACGCACAGGACUACUAUAAUUAUGACCAAGGGUAUGACAUUCCUCAGUUUGGCAGUCGGAGGAGGCUGAUUACUCCCAUGUAUGAUGAAUAUGGAGAGGUGAUCGUGGAGGACGAUGGGUAUUACUACAGUCCACAUGGCCCUGAGGGCCGAGGCAGAGGCAGGGGCCGCGGCGGCGCGCGGGGUCGAGGAACUGCCAAGAGGGUUGCAUUUAGAGACGGGCCGCCAGGGGAUGAGAUUGAACCAGCUGAGCCAGCAGAGACGGCUGAGCCUUCCAAGGCUGCCAAGAAACUGAAGUCUGUCAUGAAACUCAGCAAGCUCCUGGCAGCCAGCAAGAGAACAGACAAACCAUCUGAUGCUGGCCCAUCUCCAUGGAAGAAGGCCAAAAUGUUCAAGAUGUUUGGUGCUGGGAAGAAGGACAAAGAUUAUGCCAAACUGAUGUCAGCACGCCGCAUCGACAGCCAGGAGAGUCUGACUGACGGACCGGCACUUACGGGACCCAUCGACGGCAAGUCUGAGUCCCGCAGCCGCCUCGGAAAAGUUAUGAAGAAAAUCAAAUUGGGCAACAAGUUGCAGCUGAGGAGGAAGUCCCAGGGCAGCGUGAGUCGCAGCUCGGUUACCGGCAGCGAGAGAGACGAGGAGGCCUCGCAGGCGGCCAGUGAGGAUGAAAGGAAAUCUAAAGUGUCUAUUAGUGUGACAGAAAGUGAGCCAGAAGCAGAGGCGAGUGGGAGCGGCAAGGAGAAAGGCUCCGACGAGGAAUCCUCAGAGAAGAGCAGUGUUGACAGAGAAUAUCUGAAAGUGGAUCUUGACCGGGAUGAUGCCAACGAAAGCACUGUGGACUCGGAGGAAGAGCCUGAUGAAGAACUGGGGGAUUCGGAUGAGGAGAGCAAGUCCAAAUCGGAAGGAGACGAAACCGAGAAGGAAUCUGGGUCCGACAGGGAAUCUGACUCAGAGAAAGAGUCAGAGUCAGAAAAGUCGUCGGCUACAGAGAAAAAGUCUGAAACAGAGAAAGAGUCUGACUCGGAGAAAGAGUCUGAGUCUGAAAGAGAAUCAGAAUCAGGGACAGGCACAGCUACAGAGAAGGAAACGAGUUCAGACAGAGGUACAGGAACAGAGCGAGACUCUGAUGAAGAGUCUGAAGCGGAACAGGCUUCAGGGACUACUGGGGAAAGUGGGUCAUCUGCCCGCUCUUCCAUGAGAUCAUCAGCUACUGAGGCCAGCAAGGACAGUGGCAGUGGCAGCGGCAGCAGCAGUGGUAGUGGCAGCAGCAGCGGUAGUGGUAGCGGCAGCGGUAGUGGUAGCAGAAAAACUGAAAGUCCAAGUGAGAGUGGCAGCGGUAGCGGCGCCGCGUCAGGAUCAGGUUCAAGCAUUAGGUCUUCACAGAGAACCAGGUCAUCGGAGAAGUCCAGCGAAGAGCUCAGCGAGGCAGAGUCAGGGACGGGGACAGCCAGCGAGGCAGAGGCCGAGUCAGGGUCAGUGUCAGGGUCAGGGUCAGGGUCAGGGACUGCCAGUGAGGCAGAGUCUGCAAGUGAAGGCCUCUCAUCUCGUGGGUCCAGUCAGAGGAAAACAUCCGGGUCUGAGUCUGGUGGAGGCUCGUCCUCCGGCAGUCAGAUGACGGAUCAGAGUUCCCUGGGUAGUCAGGGGAGUUCAGCUGGCUCCAAGUCGACCAGUGGAAGCCGGCGUUCCAGAAAGUCCAUCCUGAGCCGCGGAUCCGAAGGCACGAUCACAGAGGAGAGUGAAGUAGAGGAGGAGGAGGAGGAGGAGGAGGAAGAAUCUGAGGCAGCUGAAGAGAGCAAAGAGUCGUCCAGUGAAGCCAGCGAUGACGCAUCAUCCAGGAGGUCCAGUGUGGCAUCUGGAGACCCAGGGCCUUCUGCCCCCUAUGCCGGCCCCCCAUAUGGCACCGAAGUCAGGAGCAUCACCUCUGACGAGACAUACGGAGGACUGUCCCCGAUCACUGAGGUAGACGAGGACGCCAUCUCCUCUGACAGAUCUUCAGGAUCUGGAAAAACUGGGACAUCAGAUGCUGAUUCAGAGUCUGAAGGAAAUUUGACUGCCUUCUAGAGAGAGAGAGAGAGAGAGAGAGAUUGUACACAGUGAAGCCGGUAGAAAGAAGCGGAUUAAGCUAGUGGUAGAUCGAGAGAACGAGACCACCUCUACAGGAGAGGAGAGCAGCACAGAGACACAC